UACUUUUCUUCUUGUUCCAAUUUUAACGAUCCAACACUCACUCGUGAAAGGGGCGAACCCUGUUGGAAUAUCAGUUCAGCUCUACACAAAACCCAAGCGACUCCAAAAUGGGUGGUGAAGAAAAUGUAAAGCAUCUCGAAGACUGCUCUGUUUCCAAUGCAUUGGGGACUUGGGUAUUCUCUGUGGCAGGAGCUUUGCUGGCAAUUCCAGUUGGAAUAAAGCGCAAAUCUCUCGCACCACUUGUAUUUUUUGGGACUACCGGUACUAUGCUGGAUAUUAUCAUGGGAAUUACAGCGUGUGAAAGGGAACAUGCAGAGCGACAAAUGAAACUACUUGAAGAAGCUCAAAGUGCUGCUGCUGCUGAAACUUCAUUGCAUGAGACACAUAGUGACUCAUAACUGUUAUAUCUUGAUGUUAUCAAUGUUGACAAAAUUUGUUUGGUCGUAUAAUUGUAACAAACUAAAUGCAGUUUUCUGGCAGCCUGAUCAAAUGUGCUUUCAAUUUAUGUUUGUCGUUGACCUUUAUCCUCCAGCAGUGUAAACAAAAGGUGAAUAACUUGCUAAGACAGGUUUCUUAGUUUAUUUAUUAGUAAAAAGAUUCAUAAAUUUUUA